GAAGUUGGAAAAUAACGCAUGCGCAAAUGAGCUUCCGGUAAGGAUCGGCUCGUGAGAACAGACGCCGGUGCUAGCUUGGCUGCUAACGGAGCGGUCCUUGCUUCCUUCCUUCCAGUGAUUGACACCAGAGGAGGGGAGCCGCUGGACGGUCCAGGAUGGGGCGUUCCUCCAAAGACAAGCGGGACAUCUACUACCGUCUGGCCAAAGAGGAGGGCUGGAGAGCCAGGAGUGCCUUUAAGCUGCUGCAGCUGGACCAUGAGUUCAACCUGUUCACAGGUGUGACCAGAGCUGUUGAUCUGUGUGCAGCACCAGGCAGCUGGAGUCAGGUUCUCAGCCGCAAACUCAGAGGCGGGGAAGGGGGGGAGGAGAAGUCUGACGGGAGGGAGAAGGUGAAGAUUGUCGCAGUGGACCUGCAAGCCAUGGCUCCUCUGCCAGGAGUCACUCAGAUCCAGGGAGACAUCACCAAGGUGUCCACAGCCCAGGAGAUCAUCCGUCACUUCCAGGGCCAGCCGGCCGACCUGGUGGUGUGUGACGGAGCUCCAGACGUAACCGGUCUCCAUGAUGUGGACGAGUACAUCCAGGCUCAGCUCCUGUUGGCGGCUCUGAACAUCACCACACACGUCCUGAAACCUGGAGGAACCUUUGUGGCCAAGAUCUUCAGAGGGAAAGACGUGACGUUGCUGUACUCUGAGCUGAAGAUCUUCUUCAGCAGCGUGACCUGCUCCAAGCCUCGCAGCAGCAGGAACUCCAGCAUCGAGGCCUUCGUGGUUUGCCAGAAAUAUUCUCCUCCUGAGGGUUACGUCCCAAACAUGUCCAACCCUCUCCUGGACCACUCCUACGAUGUGGACUUCAACCAGCUAGAAGGUCCAAACCGUGUCAUUGUUCCCUUCUUAGCAUGCGGAGACCUCAGCGCCUUUGAUUCAGACAGAACCUACCCCCUGCAGACUGGAACCAGUGCAGAGUACCAGUACACCCCCCCCACCCAGCUGCCAAUACAGCCUCCAUAUGAGCAGGCCUGCCACCUUCGCAAACACAACUUGCUUUCUAGAGAGGAUGCUUCCCAGAGCCCGGAGGAACCGGAACCAUCAGCUGCCCAGUAGGACUCUCACUGGUUGCCAUCAGGAGGACGUUUCAAUGAUGUGACCUUAGAGGUUAAAGGUCAUCCAAUGAUAUAAUCGAUUUCUGUUUUUAUGUCUUUAGAAUAAAAGUAAACUUUGACAUCAGAG